AUGGAGGAGCAAGGAUGUUGGAGAAUAAUUAGAAAAUCAUGUUUCUUUGGAAAAUUUUCAAUUUUUGUAAACUAUGGAGGCCAGUUCAUUAAAUGUGGAACUUCUGUUGAGUACUUAGGUGGUAAAUUCAAGACAGUUCAUGGUUUAGAUGUGGAUCGGUUUGGGUAUUUUGACUUAAAAGAAGAAGUUGAGAAAAUGGGGGUUGAAAAGUUUGAAAAACUUGUAUACAGAAUACCAAAGAUAAAUGGAGCAGAUAGGUUUAAAGAUGUUGUUGAUGAUACUGUAGUUAUGGAGAUGAUUAGCCACGCUACUAAGGGAAGAACAUUAUUAGAGGUUUAUGUGGUUGGAGAAGUUAUAGAGGAAGAUAACAGUGAAAAUGAAGCUAGUGUUGAAAGUGCACCAAGGUCAGAGGAACAAUUUGAUGUUGAUUCAUAUAUAGAUAAUUUCUCUGAUCCAAAGAAUCCUAAUGAUGUGGAUUUAGAAGCUGAGUCACAGAAAGAUGGUGAUGUUAAUUUCUUUGAUCCAAAGAAUCCUAAUGAAGUGGAUUUAGAAGCUGAGUCACCGAAAGAUGGUGAUGUUAAUUUCUCUGAUCCAAAGAAUCCUAAUGAUGUGGAUUUAUUAGCUAAGUCACAGAAAGAUGGUGAUGUUGAUACAGAAGUGAGGAAUAACCUAAAAACUCCACAGUUGCAUACUUCCAAUGUGGGUGACUGUGAGGUUGGAAGUGGGUCUGGGGAUGAUAGUGAGGAUGAAGAAUAUUUUCCUGUUGAUGAAAGCUCAUAUGAUGAUGAACUUUCUGUUGAUGAUCUUGCUUCUGAUGAUGAUGGUGAAUAUCUUGAGGCAGGACAGAACCUGAAGAAGCAUAAAAAGGGGAUAUUAGAAGAUGAUGAAGAACGUGCAAGACAACAUGAAGUCAAAGAAGGCCAUUGA